UUGUACGUCCUCCGACUGAAGAGGCGUUGCUCUCGUUGCUCAUUGUGCGACUACGGCGAGAGAAAUUUCCGCUUCCUGCACCGACAAACGGCAGCAGCGAGCGCAGCGCACACCGAGCAGACACGAAGUUUAACGCGGGGGAGACCGGAGCCAGACGCGGCGGUGGGUGGUUUGGGAUUUUGCCGCCUGCCUUUCGGGUACAGAGCCCGACCACUGCAAUGUUUACACCGUCGGGCGGCGACUAGCACCCAACGGUUCAACUUUCCGCUCGCAUCGCCUCUGCACCGCCGGGAGCCGGAAAAUAAAGAAAGAAGAAGAAGAAGGCAUACGGCGAGAAGAAGGACAACACACACGGAGAACGCAGACUACUACGGGUAUUCCCCCCAUUAGCUCCGUCUGAAAGCCCCGUCCAAGCCUCCGGGAUGUCGGAGCGAGGAGGGCUCCCGCGGACUGGGGGCGUCCCUUCGCCGCACAUGCAGCCCUCCAAGCCGGUCAGCAUCACCUCCAACCGGCCGGUCCACAUGAACCUGUACGCUACCUGGGAGGUGGACCGCUCCUCUCCCAGCUGUGUGCCGAGGCUCUUCAACCUGACCCUGAAGAAGCUGAUCAUGCUGAAGGAGCUGGAUAAAGACCUCACUUCAGUGGUGAUUGCCGUCAAACUGCAGGGCUCCAAGCGAAUCCUGCGCUCCAACGAGAUCCUCCUGUCCUCUGCAGGACUGACGGAGACCGACCUACAGCUCACCUUCUCCCUGCAGUACCCGCACUUCUUGAAGAGGGACGCCAACAAGCUUCAGAUCAUGCUGCAGCGGCGGAAGAGAUACAAGAACCGGACCAUCCUGGGCUACAAGACCCUGGCGCUGGGGCUCAUCAACAUGGCCGAGGUGAUGCAGCACCCCAGCGAGGGCGCACAGGUCCUUGGGCUCCACAGCCAGCUGAAAGACGCCUCGGUUCCCGUCGCUGAGAUCAGGGUCUACUCUUUGUCCAGCCAGCCGAUUGAUCACGAGGGACCCAAAGCGAAGAUGUCUGAUCGUUCUCCAGAUAUCGACAACUACUCUGAGGAAGAGGAAGAGAGCUACUCGUCAGAACAGGAAGGCAGCGACGACCCGAUUCACGGACAGUAUCUGUUUGAUGAAGAGGACGAGGUGAGGAAGAAGAAGCCGAGGCGCAAGCUCCCCUCCAACGCCGCCAUCACCAGACAACCCAACAUAAAGCAGAAGUUUGUCGCCCUGCUGAAAAGGUUCAAAGUCACCGACGAGGUCGGUUUCGGUCUGGAGCACGUGUCGAGGGAGCAGAUCCAGGAGGUGGAGGAGGACCUGGACGAGCUGUACGACAGCCUGGAGAUGUACAACCCCAGCGACAGCGGGCCGGAGAUGGAGGAGACCGACAGCAUCCUCAGCACGCCCAAACCCAAGCUGAGGCCGUUCUUCGAGGGAAUGUCCCAGUCCAGCUCGCAGACGGAGAUCGGCAGCCUGAACAGCAAAGGCAGCCUGGGCCGAGACACUUUCAGCCCGCAGGGGGAGCAACCUCCUCUAGAGAAGAUGAAACCCUCCCGCAGCCGCAACCUGGACGAGAUCCCGUCUGAGACCGACACGCUGGAGCUGACGGAUCAGGAGCUGUUUGCUGAGGUGGGCCCCUGCAUCACGGUGUCGGUGGCAGAGAAACCCCGUACGCCUCUGAAGAACAGCAAAAGUGAAACCCAGUCCAUGCCGUCACCAAGGUUGGACGGAGGCCACACGCCCAGGCAGAAGCGCAGCAGCACCCCCAUGAAGGAGAGGCAGCUGUCCAAACCUCUCAGCGAACGCACCAACAGCUCAGACUCCGAGAGAUCCCCAGAGCUGGGACACAGCACCCCGGUCCUGAGGAAAGCGGUGUACGAUCAGCUCAACCAGAUAUUACUGUCCGACGCCGCGCUCCCCGAGAGCCUCAUCCUGGUCAACGGCACGGACUGGCAGGGGCAGUACGUCGCAGAGCAGCUCCAGGUUCAGAGGCACCCGGUGGUGUGCACGUGCUCUGCGGUGGAAAUCCAGGCGGUGCUCUCUGCCGUGCUCACUCGCAUCCAGAAAUUCUGUAACUGUAACUCGUCCAUGCCCAGAGCGGUGAAGGUGGCGGCGGUGGGUGGCCAGAGUUACCUCGGAGCCAUCCUGCAGUUCUUCGUCACUCAGCUGGCCAACAAGACGUCCGACUGGCUCAACCACAUGCGCUUCCUGGUGGUGCCUCUGGGCUCGCAUCCCGUCGCUAAGCACCUGGGCGCCCUCGACAACCGCUACAGCUCGUCCUUUCUGGACGGGGCUUGGAGAGACGUGUUCAGCCGCUCUGAGCCGCCGCCCACGGGUACAACAACCGCCCACAACAACACGUGUAACCGCUCCCUCCAACAGCACAGUCACGUUAAUUCAUCUGUAUUAUCAUUUUUGCUUUCAGAUCAGUUAGAUGUGGCGGGUAGAAUCGCCCAGUACAUAAGCGGAGCCACAGUUACACACCAGCUGCCCAUCGCCGAGGCCAUGCUCACCUGCAAACACAGGACGCGAGAUGAAGACUCCUACCAGAAGUUCAUUCCUUUUAUCGGGGUGGUGAAGGUCGGUCUCAUCGAGUCUGGUCCUUCUCCGACAGGAGACGCAGAGGAGGGCGUGUCGGUCAGCUUGGCCGUCCCCUCCACGUCUCCCCCCUCUCACGGCUCCCCCACGGGGAUGAUCAAAGAGGCGGCCACACCCCCCUCCUCACCCUCCAUGGGCAGCGUCCUCACAGUCCAAGGGAGCCCCAGUAUGUCUCACGGCGUGGACGCCAUCGGCCUGCAGGUGGACUACUGGCUGGCCUCUCUGGCCGAGAAGCGGAAGGAGGGCGAGCGCCGCGACACCAGCUGCAAGAACACGCUGAAGAGCGCCUUCCGCUCGCUGCAGGUCAGCAGGCUGCCAGGAGGGGGCAGCAACGACCCGCAGGCCCAGGUCAGCACCAUGGCCAUGACCGUGGUCACCAAGGAGAAGAACAAGAAAGUCCCCACCAUCUUCCUCGGAAAGAAACCCAAAGAGAAGGACGUGGACUCCAAGAGCCAGGUCAUUGAAGGCAUCAGCCGACUCAUCUGCUCCGCCAAGCAGCAGCAGACCAUCCUGAAAGUGUCCAUAGACGGCGUGGAGUGGAACGACGUUAAGUUCUUCCAGCUGGCCGCCCAGUGGCCCACUCACGUCAAAUACCUUCCCGUGGGACUUUUCGGCUACAGCAGGCCCCCCUCUUAGGGCCGAGCGCGCCUCGACUCCUCGGACCCCGACCCGCCCUUCGGCUCUCACACCCUUUUGCGCGGAGAUGAUCCCGCCUCUGAGCAGCCGCAGAGCUGCGUGGAGAGCAUCUGGACUACUUCCUCACUUAACUCCAUUCAUAUGUCGUUAAUCUGUUUAGGGAGGAGGAGGAGGGUGGUGUUGGGGUUUAUAGCGCUGUUACUAGUCACUUUAAUGCCCCUUUCUGUGUGUGUGUCAGUGUGUGCAGUGAGUAUGCAUGCACACGUGAAUGUACAGUAUGUGUGUGUGUGUGUGUGUGUGUGUGUGUUUACAAAGGGGAUCACAGCACAAGUUUAUUCGCUAACUGCCAUUUACGUUUCCGUUCUAUGGAAUGCAGCAGCAUGUGACAACUCACCAGUCUCGAGCCCUUAAAGCCCGACCCCCCCCCCACCCACAGACCCCCGACCCACGCGGCGCACGCUCCAGACUAACAAGACACGCCACUCAACGUGCCAGAAGCAGCUCCAGAAUAAACGCAGCGGGGCUUCGGUCGAGUGAAAACGCUAAAUUAGAACACAAGUUCCCGACAAACCCUACAUCAGCAGAACAAAUUCCCCUCAAUCGAUUCUACUUUUCAUUUCAAGGGCUUCCAUGUACCAGUUUUAAAUUGUUUCUGUGUACCAUUAUAAGUCAUUUGGAUGUCUAACGCCAAACAAAAGAAAAUAUAUAAAUAUAUAUAUAAAUGGGAAGUGUCUUUUUUUAAAAACAUGUGCUCUAGUAAAAAUAGUAAAACCUUCCCUUUAAAGUUUCGUGACGCAUAGUGUUUGUUAUUGUGCAGAGUUCCAGGAUUUUCAAGGCGGGGGCUUCGACCACACGCAGUCCUCUUUAUCUUCAUCUGCUAUGCACUACACGUUGGAACAUUUGCAUCUGGUAAAAAUAAAAUAUAAAAAAAAAUAAUAAAAAAAAAACAAUAAAUAAAAAAUAGAUGAACUCUCUUAGCGGCAGCUGAAUAUGCAAAGGAAACAACAGAACGCAUGCUUCAACAGGUCGGAGCUGAUGCUCCUCAAUCAGAUCCUGCUUUUCCACGAGGAUGCACUCUGUAAAGGAUGGGAGUUAACUACCCGCAAGGAAGCACAAAAUCACCCCCGCACCCUCCCCGUAAAAUAUCCCGGCUGACUUUUCAGCGGAAACCCAGUUAAAAGUGGAAUCCUAAAUAACGAAAAGAAGAAUCUGGGUCGUCUUGGCACGGAUCUGCUACGUGCUUUCUCUAGGAUGUUGUGACUUGAUUAGUGAGCGUACAGUAACUGGUAACAAGCGUGUGUGUGUGUGUGUGUGUGUGUGUGUGUGUGUGUGUGUGUGGUGAAUUAAUGUAAUGUGAUUAGAAACUAAACGCAAAAAAGAAAAAAAAACACAUAAGAGGAGAAAUAGGUUUUGUACAAUGUGACAGAGGGCAUGCAAUAGGUGCGUGUGUGUUGACGGUGUGGUCAUUAUCAAUGUCAGUGAUUGUUCGGGCUGCACAAGCUGCAGUGGGUCAUUUUUGUUCACUUUGUAGUCUGGCACAAGGCAGAUUGUUUUUCCACCAUUUAACGGGCAAAAAAAGGAGCAACAAAAUAUCACAAAUUCACUUUUGUUAAAGAAAAAGCUGAAAAUAAACGCUAAUAACUGUUCAAAAAGUGGUUUAUUAUUGUGCAGCUCUGCCUUGCGUCAGCUACAUCGUAACUCUCUCCGUCUCCGGUUAAGUAUUAGCAUUUUUUUUUUCUUUUUUAUAAUAGUGUCGAUGCCAAUUUCUUGACUUUAAUGGCGUUUUUGUUUGAAAGCUGAUUUGGUUUUCAGUGUUACAGUGUUGAGGAGUCAGCAGCACAUCUCAAACUCACCUCGCUUGUUUUUCCCCAUUUGUUCAACGGCUCCCGGAGCAAACGCAGUCCAUCGAUUUUUAAGUCCAAAUGUUUGAAUGUAAUGAAUUUGAUUUCCCUCCGCUGUCUUUGUGAAUAAUUGAUUAUUUUUUUUUCUUUUUUUUUUUUUUUUUUCUUAGUGGUCCAAGCUGAAUUCGCAUAAUUUUAGAAAGGAAACACUGCUCCACAGCAGACUAAAAGUAGUUGGGAAGCUUCUCUCAAACUUCCCUAAAACCAGUGGGUGUCUUGAACGCAGCCGUCUUGAAACCUGCAGACAAAGAUCAGUGAAGAUCCCCAGCGUUGAUCUCACUGCGUUGAUGUCAUUUGACCAAUGAGAUCAUAUAUAACAACGAACAAAAUUAAAUACACUUAAGCACUAAAUUUGUUGUCAUGAAAGAAAUCCUAACUUAAUCUUUUGGUGCCGCUUUAAACUAAACGAUAAUCCCAAAAGAUUUAUAAUUUGACAACUACUACUUUAUUCAUCUUUGGUUUUAUAAGCUCAAAACAGAGCUAACGUUAAUAAAUGAUUGUACGACUCUGAACCAAUAAAAAUUCUAAAUGUUGUGUUUACAGGUUGUUUACACUGCCCCCAAGUGGCCAGUAUUUAAGCAACACAGCUUUAACUUAAAAAAUAUCUGCCUAAUAUUUAGAAAAUUAUGUUUUUUUCAGUUAAGCCAUUCAGUGAAUUCAUUCAGACAUAUUAGGGGUAGACCUACAGUGUAAUUACAAGACAUAUACAUCACACUGUAGAGGAAGUAGAGUGGGGUUCAGAUCUUCUUUUUUUUUUUCUUUAUUGUAGAAGUAGAGGCAUUUUUAAAUUUGGGAAAUGAUCCAGAAUGUGUAGAACAUUUGGAAUGAAACCUUUUUCUCCCAGAUCUCAGAUGCUCCAGUCAAAAUGCUCUUUGCCUUGUAGUGUUGUUAGUCAGUCUAUUGCAAGGAUGCCUAAACUACACAACACCAGAAUUGAUCCAUGCCUCUUCUGCACGCAAGCCAAGAAGGAGGUGAGAGGUCAGCGAACAUUCGAGCUCUGGUUUGAAAUGUGAAAUCUAGGCAUUAAAAACUGAACCACUGCCAAAACUCAAACAUGAAGAAUUACGCUCAGAUAGAUUAGACUUAAAAACACAUCAACAACUAAGUGAUCCUUGUUCUCGAGUCAUCAUUUCAACGUUUCCGUCGGCCCCUUUCUGCAGCUUUUUUUAAGAAAAAACACACAUCUUCUCCUCAUUCUUGCCAUUUCCGUGUCCUCCCAGAGUCUCUGUGAAGAUUGUUCUGUAUGUAAGUCUUGAACUUGUUGCCGUGUGUGUGUGUUUUUUUUUGUUUUUUUUUUACCUGUACACGUGUCGACCUGUGUUUGUGACUCCGUGACGAUGGUUCCUCUGUCCUUGACUAGUCGUGCUUAGAGAUUAGGAGCUGUGUGGUCCGUCAGUAAUCUCCGUGAGUGAUCAGCAGUGUCUUCUCUCUCUGCCGUCCUCAGAAAUAUGAUGAUGACGAUGAUGAGUCUUCUUCACCAGGCUUCCACAAGCUCUCACCGCUUGUAAAUUUGGCAUCUGUCCUCACGGGAACACGGGGUUUUUUGCCUGUGAAAGCAGUAGAUUGCAGCCUGGCGAGGUUCUGCCUCGCGGCAGAGCGUCCUGAGCUUGUGGACUCGUGGAGAGUAAUUUGCACAUGCCAUUGUUUCUUCAGCAGCAGUCUUCAGCUUUUUUGCCUUUUGCCUAUAACAAUAACGAUAAUAAACUACGAUGCUUGUACAUAUCAGAUAGUACUUGUUAUACUGUAUUCUAGUUCUUUUAUUUUUGUCGUCCGUUUUUUCUUCAUUUGACAUGUUUUGUAGUACUGCUUUUUUCAUGAUUACGUUUGUCAAUCAAACAGAUGUGGGAUGAAGAGUGGAAAGUGUUCAUUGUUUCAUUUGUUUUUUAAAAUAAAAUAUUCCUGAUUUGUA